CCGCGACGCCGCCGACGCGACGUUGGACCUCGGCAUCCGCGUCUCGAACACGACGAAGAUGCCGCUCCGCGUGAACACGGACACGGACCUCCAUGCGAAGCUCCGCGGCAUGACCGCGAACCUGCAGAAGGCGCACGGCACGAUGCUCGAGGUCAUCGGCCGGCCGUCGCCCGACAAGGAGAACGCGGGCGACGCGCCGCCCCCGCCGCCCCCGGCGACGCUCUUCUCGCCCUGCGUCACGACGACGGCGGAGUCGACGAUGCGCGCGCCCGUCGUCGUCGAGACGCGGAAGGAGGAGCGGCCCACGGUCGCGGAGCCGGAGCCGGCGGUCGCGGAGGAGCCGGAGCCCGUCGUCGUCCGCCCCGCCGUCGCCGUGUCGCCCGCGCCCGCGCCGACGGUCUACCGCUCGGGCUGGAGCAACGCGGACCGCGCCGCGGACAGCGUCAAGCGCCACACGUACUCCGCGGACUACAAGCAGGGCACGUUCCAGUUCCUGCCGUCGGCGGACGCGCCCAAGGUCAAGCUGGCGCCGAAGAAGGCCAAGGCCGCCGUCGAGGAGGAGGCCAAGGCCGCCGUCGAGGAGAAGCCCGCCGUCGUCGAGGCGGCGGCGCCCGCGGCCGAGGAGGAGACGAGCGUCGAGGAGGAGCGCGCGGCCGCGGAGGCCGUCGAGGCCGAGUACGAGGACGAGGUGCUGCCCGUCGAGUACGCCGAGGACGAGGCGCCGGAGCCCGAGUACGAGGACGAGGUCCUGCCCGUGGAGUACGCCGAGGACGAGGCCGCGGCGCCGGAGCCCGAGUACGAGGACGAGGUGCUGCCCGUCGAGUACUGCGCCGAGGACGAGGAGGACGACGACGACGAAGAAGAAGACGACGACGACGACGACGAGCUGGACGAGGAGACGCUCAUCUCGACGGUCGUCGCGGGCCACGAGACGCCCGCCAAGGCCGAGGCGUCCGACGAGGAGGACGAGGACGAGGAGGUCGAGGCGAACUGGGCCAAGGUCGCGCGGCGCCGGUCCGACGCGCGCGCGUCGCUCGGCGGCGCGUCGGAGAAGAAGGCGAAGCCGCGCGCGGCGGGCUGGGCCGCGGCGUGGGACGCGCUCCGCGCCGCGAUGGAGAAGAACGAGCCCAUCGGCGCGGCGGCCGAGGACCUCGCGUCGGACGGGUCGCGCGUGCUGAGCGACGACGAGAAGGAGGUCUUCUGCGACCUCAUGGCGAAGCACGACUUCGGGAGCGACGCGGCCGCGCCCGAGGACUUCCCCUCGCCGACGCACGCGUUCGAGUUCUGCGGCGACGUCGCGGCGCUGGCCAAGGCGCCGCCGGCGCCGGUCGCCGCCGACGCGUCGGACCUCUUCGCGAGCCUCGACGCCGAGGAGCCCAUCCUCGAGGAGCGGCCCGAGGACGUCGCGGCCGAGGCGGGCGACGACGCGCCGCGGCCCUCCGAGGAGACGGCCGCGUCGCAGCAGUCGCUCCGCCUCGCCGUCGUCAAGGCCAUCCGCACGGUCGCCGCGGAGGAGCUGGAGUCGGAGGUGACCCAGUUCCACAAGGAGACGGGCCUCUACCGCAUCGACUCCAAGGUCGUCGUCGCCGACGGCUCCGUCGUCUGCAUGGCCGUCGAGCGCGACUUCGCGGACUUUGGCCGCUGCCGCGACGGCCUCCGGGGCAAGCUCGUCGAGGAGCCGGGGGGCAAGGCCCUCGCCGACGCGCUCCUGGGCAAGGUGCCGAAGAAGCGCAUGAAGUCGCUCCUCAAGGCGCGCGCGCGCGACUUCGCCAAGGGCGCGCAGAAGGGCGAGAUGAAGUGGCAGCUCAAGCAGCGGCCCAAGCUCGACGACUGGCUCGCGACGGCCGUCGACCUCGUCGUCAAGAUCAAGCAGACCGACGUCGUCAAGCGCUCCAAGUUCUCCUUCUGCGGCGGCUUCGACCACUACGAGAUCGAGGACUACCUCAAGUGCUUCCUCCUCCAGGGCGCCUUCUUCACGGGCAUCCACACGAACAAGGCCAAGUGCGCCGGCGGGAAGAUGUCGGUGUAGAGCGGGAGGGGGCGUCGCCGCGCCCGUAAGCCUGUGCUCUCGCGCCCUC